AUGUCUCGUGACAAGUGCGAGGUGCUAAAAUGGGGAAGGGUGACCAGAGCUGCGCGGUUUUCCGUGCUGGGCGUCGCGGCCGCCCUGUCCUCGCGCAGCGUGCGCUUCUCCCAGUACCCGCCUGCAGGGGCCUUUUGCAUAGUGAGGCAGGGAAAUGUACCAGGGACAUCUUGGCUUCUGUUUUUAAUCGAUAAAGACUACUUCUGUUUUUUCUCUUCUAGAAGUGGUGCCAAGUUGAUAGCACCACUGGGGUGCUUGGUCUCUAGGCAAAAGCACACUCUUCCCGACUUGCCGUAUGACUAUGGCGCUCUGGAACCUCAUAUUAGCGCAGAGAUCAUGCAGCUGCACCACAGCAAACAUCAUGCCACCUACGUGAACAACCUAAAUGUUGCGGAGGAGAAAUACAAAGAGGCACUGGCAAAAGGUGAUGUUACAGCUCAAGUGUCACUUCAGCCUGCAGUGAAAUUCAAUGGUGGAGGUCAUAUCAAUCACACCAUCUUCUGGACAAACCUUUCUCCUACUGGCGGAGGAGAGCCUAAAGGGGAAUUGAUGGAAGCCAUCAAGCGUGACUUUGGUUCCUUCGCAAACUUCAAGGAGAAGCUGACAGCCGUAUCAGUUGGUGUUCAAGGAUCGGGCUGGGGAUGGCUUGGCUAUAACAAAGAGCAGGGGCGCCUACAAAUAGCAGCUUGUGCAAAUCAAGACCCUUUGCAAGGAACAACAGGUCUCAUUCCUUUGCUAGGAAUCGAUGUAUGGGAACAUGCUUAUUACCUUCAGUAUAAAAAUGUUCGACCUGAUUAUUUGAAAGCCAUCUGGAAUGUGAUCAACUGGGAGAAUGUAUCUUCAAGAUACGCAACUUGCAAAAAGUAGAGUGGAAUUCUUGCACAGACUACUAAAGCGUCACCACUUCUACUCUGAUACCACUCUUGUAGUAGUGUCUGUGGCUUACAAAUGAAUUGCUCUACUGCAGAAAACACUUAGCUCAUCCAACAAAAGCAUUUCAUAAUCAAGCAAAGUGUCUGCUUGUUUAAUUCUGUGAGAGCUAUUUACUUAGAUUUUUGAAGCUUUAAACUGUUGUGCAAUGAAGGGAGACACUUUAAAUAAUCUUUUCCAUUGCAUAUAGAAACAAAUCACCUUGCUGAAGCUUAUUGAGGUAAUGGAUUUCCUUGUUGCACUAAAAUACCUAAGUGGAAACGUGUAGUUCAUGUUGCUAUAAAGAAAUAAAACUCAAAAGAAGAAUCUUGUAUGAC